GAGUAAACUACAGCCAUAACGCCGAUUGUCACUGUGAUUAUUGCAAAAUAGUGUAUAAAACUUUCCAGUUAAUUUUGCGGAAGAAAACAUUGGAUUAUACAAAAAACGAUGUAUUUUAACCCGUGAUCUUCGUUUUAUUGUCAUUCUCUGAGAGCUGAUAAUGCUUGAAAUGAAGCUGCCCAUGAGAACGGCGGAGGAAGGAGGGGGCGAUACGGCCGAGGACGAGCAGGAACAAACGGAUUGCAAUGUCCAUAUUCGCGGCUCGGUUUCCCAAACGGCUUCUAACAGACCUGAUGAUUCUGCCAGAGGACUGCGAUUCCCCCAUCAUUUGGAUAAGGAAACGGUGUUUGAAUGGUUUGGCUUGCACCUAAAUCCGGCCAAGCGAAUCGAGUUUAUGUGCGGACUGCUUCAUAUGUGCCAGCCGCUAGAGCUCCGCUUUUUGGGCGCCUGUCUAGAGGACCUUGCUCGGAAAGAUUUCCAUGUUCUGCGGGACUUUGAAAUAAGGGCGAACAGCCCGAACGAACUGGGCCUUCUGACGGAUGUUGCCGACCCCGUCGUGAGGUCUAAACUACUCGUUUGUUUGUCUCUCCUAGGAUCUGAAAACAGGGAAUGUGCGGGAUUACUAUUUCGUAUAUUGAGCCAUGUGGAUCCCGCCUUGUACUUCAAAAACUAUGGCUUCCCGGUAUCUUCCUACAGGGACCCUCAACAUCUCCAGUUCCAUCCACCGUGUGAGGAUGGAGAUGAAUACGGGAAAUCAGAUCAGAGCUGUGGGCCUCCAGCGGAGGCAGGGGUCGGACCCCUGGAGCAGCUGGCCUUGCUUUUUACUAUGGCCUCUUUGCACCCGGCGUUUCCUUUUCACCAGAGAGAGAAUUUCAGGAUACAGCUGAAUAAAGUGGACGUAGCAAUCGAAGAAGAGAGGCAGAACUAUCAAGACAACAGGAACGCUCUGGGAUCUGGAGGCUGUACUUGUGGUUGUACUCCUCUUCCUCUACACACAAGUGGCACUGUUCACACUGACAAGUUGCAACAAAACAAGGUUCCAAAAACGGAUUACCUCUCCCCCAACACUGAGACCAGCCUGAGUGACAGGGCACAGUCGCUACACACCAACCAGUCACCCAGCAGGAAAUCGCAGAGGGAAGCAGUGCACAUAGAGAGAAUCGUGCUUCAGGGGAUCUCCAGGAGCAGGGAAUACAGUUUUGUGGUGAAGUGGUCCGAUGCUUCAUCAAGCCACGUGACCAAGACUCACCAUGACCUGGAGAACUUUUUGCUAAAGCUUCCAAAGGAGUUGUCCACAGAGUCCUUUGAGAAGGGCAUUCUAAGUUUACUCCGCCAAGGAGACAAAUGUGAAAGCAGGGAACUCGAGCGGACACUGAAGGAGAAGUUCCUGUCUGCGCCACAGUCUUUCCGACAGACAGGGAAGGUCUGUGGAUUUUUCCUCUCGGAAUCUUCCGGGCUCAGCUACAGCCGCUGUAACCCAGUGCCUGUGGGCAAGCCAUUUAAAGAGGACUGCUCUGAGGCAUCCAGCCAAGAGGAAGGUGCGUAUCUGGAGCCAUAUCCUCAGGGCCAUCGGAAGAAGCCUGGCAACAAGAGCCCCAGUCUUGGCACUCCAAGCGCUAAGGGUUCUCAGGCAGAAAGCCGCAGGACCCCGCACUCGGAGCACAAUGGCGUUCCCGACUGGAGGAGGAAGGGCUGCCCUCUGAAGCCGGCGAACGAGGCGUGCAGCCUGUGUCCUGAGCAGUUGUUCCGGGACGAGGAGAAGUGGAGCUCCCUUCCUGGGAACAAGGCAAAAGUCAGAACACCAGUGACUGACAGGGAAAAGGGGAAGAAAAUGGAAGGCAGGUUGGGGUACAUCCCCAAUGGGAUCAUGAGAACUGCUCCAGUACAGCCGCUCCCACAGCCUUCUGGGAAAGACAUGCGUCUGGACGCGGGCUCGGGGCAGGACACCUACGGCGAGACGUCGUCGGAGAGCUACAGCUCCCCAUCCAGCCCGCAGCACGACGGGCGGGAGAGCCUGGAGAGCGAGGACGAGAAGGACAAAGACACAGACAGUCAUUCUGAUGACUCUAGCAGGGGGAAAACGGAGCACCUCCUCCCCUGCAAAGGCAUGGGUGGGGCUGCCUUUUCCACGGUGCUCCCCCUGGUGCCCGUCCCGCUGAAGGAGGUGCGCUCCAGCCUGGAGAGCUCCCUGGGUGCUCCCAGAUUCCCCCAGCUGUCCUUCAUGCACCCCGUGCCGUACCUGGUCCAGAACGGGGCGGUGGGGCCUGAGGGGGCAGCAGACAGCAAGGCGAUGGGAGGUCUGAUGGUGACUGUCCCCGCAGCCGGUGGAGAGGCCGAGAAGCAGGCCCCGGACCCCAGCCCGCUGCUCCCUGCAUUCGGCCCCCAGACCCUGGCCCUGCAGCAGCCCCUCGUCCAGCGCUUCAAGACCGCCACCCCAGCCGUCAGCUCAGAGGGCUGCGUCCCCCCCACCCACCAGCCCCCCGUGGGGGCCAUCAGCGUGCUCCCGCCCGGCCCCGCCUACGUGUCGCCACUGCAGCCCGCCUACCCGCCCAUCGAGCCUGUCAUGAGCUCCGCCCUGCCCCCCUCCCUGCCCCUCCCUGAAACCCACCCCAAGGCCCCGGGGCUGCCCCUGCCCUCCGGCCUGCCCCCCUCAUACAGCCUGCCUGCCCCCUCCACCGCCAUCCCCUCUGUGGGGGCACUGGGCGGCCCUGUUGCCAGUCAAGUACAGGUGAUGGUACCACCGGUGGUGCCCACACACACGCCGGGCCCCGCCCCAAGUCCAAGCCCCGCCCUCACCCACAGCACCGCGCAGAGUGACAGCACCUCCUACAUCAACAGCACCAGCUGCGGCAACUCGCAGCAGCAGCAGCAGCAGCAGCAGCAGCAGCAGCAGCAGCAGCCAACCCCGUCGCAGCAGCCGGGCUGCGGAACCUGCGGUUGCCGCGGCAGCUGCGGGAGCGGCCACGCCCCCAACUACUACUUCCCGCCCCAGCUGCCCCGCCAAGUAUUCAGCGUCCCGCCCAUCUUCCACCUGACGUCGCUGUGCAGCAGCAGCUACCUCAGCCAGGCGCACCAGAGCAACGGGGCGGGGCAGCUGCCCUUCUUCCCCCACGGCCCCUCGGCCUACGCCAGCGCCCCGCCGCCCCUGCUGCACUCGCACUCGGACCACGUGCUGGGCAGCCAGGCGGGAUACGGACUGCAGCAGAUGGCAGCCUUCAACCGCUUCUUCCCGCCUGUGUACCCCUCGGUCAGCAUGAUGCCCGGAGGCGGCGGCAUGGCCGUGGGCAUGAAGAAGAACGGCAACAUAUCCUGCUACAACUGUGGGGUCAGUGGGCACUUCGCCCAGGACUGCAAACAGCCUUCCAUUGACGCAGCACAGAAAGGUGGCUUUCGGCUGAAGUAUGUUACCCCUCACUCUUCUGAAGCGCUUGACAAUGCUGACUGAAGGGACAGAAGACCACUGCAGCGUUCUCUUGUUCUGCAAAACAAUUACAUUUCCAGAGACCUUUGUAUUUUCAGAGGGCUUUUUUUCCCCCGUGUCCUUUUUCACUAUUUUGUUGUUUGUUUUACAUUUUAAAAUGUGCUUGAGGGUCUGGCGAACCUGAAUAAUUGUGCCUGAUACUUCCCCAGUCGUAGUUGAGGGAGAAUCUCUCGUCUCCACUGAGGUGUUUUGCUGUGGCCUCUGGUAUUUUUUGCACUGAACACUGGCGAGAGACACCGCCUCAUGUUUACUAACUUAUUUCUUAAAAUGUAAAAAAAAAAAAAAAAAAAAAAAAAAAGAUAGAUAGAAAUAAACAAAUAAUAAAACACCAGUAUGAGUAUGGAGUAUAGAGUAUGGAAGCUAGGUAAUUAUUUUAUCUUGGAUAUAAGGGGGGUUUAAAUGGGAUUUAUUAUAGACUCUCCAAUGCCUUUUUUACACUAAAGAAUAUUUAUGCUUCCUUCUUAUUUUGGUUUCAUUUUUUGUCGUACAGCAAGGAAAAUAAAUGCAAACAAAAACAUUAAAAAUGUAAUGCUGAGAUUGUUUUUUUUUUUUUGUUUUUUUUUCUGGCACAGUGUUUUGAAUGUACAAUGUAUUAUUUUGAUUUCAUAAACUUAUGGAAUUCGGCAGUAUCUUUCUAUUUUGAAAAAGGUUAAUCCAGAAGCAUUUGCCACUUGAUACAAUGUGAAAUGCGUGCUAAGACACUAUUAAUCAUCAUGUCUGUCAUGUCAUUAAGUUAAACGCUGCUGUAUUUUAUUUUUAUUUGGCAACAUGCACUAUAGCAACCAGGAGUUCUGAAGUCCCUAAGUGCACUGAGGCAGAAUGGACAGAGCGGGAGACACAUUGACAUUCUGUUCUAUUGCGGUCUAAUCAGUAUUUUGGAAAUGAUGCACUGCAGGUUUUGGCCACCAGGUGGUGCCAAUUUGAGCCGCUGCUUAGCUCGCAGCCAGUGGAGAUGCCAAGGGAUUAGCAGAAGGCAUUCAGUAGCUCCUUGAGGUAGAUCUCUGUCUAUAAGCAUUUUGACCUGCCUGUACUAGCCAUGAUGGAAGAAACUUUCAUGGAGAAUUUUUCUUUGGUUUAUGCAGCAUUGAUAUUUGACUGCAUUAUGCGUGUUUGUGUACAUAUGUACAUGCACAAAUGGUGGAAACUCUCAGCCAAUGCAUGAUAUUCAACCAAAUUUGAAACAAAAUCGAAACAUGAAUGAGAUAAUAACAUUGAACCUUGGGUUUUCUAUUGUUCAGUUGAAGAUGAUGGGGUUUGCAAGCCCUUUUUUCUGCCAAGUCCUUUCGGAAUAAAUGGUUUUGAUUCUUCUGUCAUGGGUGGGUAUGUGCAAUGUAAACACAUACAUGUUAAACACUCAUGAGUGUACACGGAUAUAAAAAUGUAUUUUUUUUUUUUAUUGGUUGCUUUAAGUUUAAAUGUUGAAGAGUGGUUUUAAUCUAAGCGCUUUCAACUGCUGAAGUAGUAUGAAUCCUUUCUGCUUGUAUUGAAGAAAGUAGAGAGGUCUUUGUAUUGGUGUAUAUGAAAAACUAGAGCAGCAGAAUUAAUUUAGGUAAAUCGGAAAACAAGAUUGGAAAAAAAAAAGUUGGUGGAGAACAAUGUGAUCCUUUAUGCCUGUUGUAUAUAUGAACCUGCCAGUUGUAUUUGUUUUUAAGGUUGAAAAAACUGUACUGUAUAUACAGGGGGUAUAUUUUUACCUUCCAUUGUAUGUUUACUGUAUUCUUUGAUAUCUAAAUGUUACUGGAAAGGUCAAAUAUAUUUCUAGAAAGAAUUUGGAUUUUAUGCAAAUUGUUGAUUUGUUUUCCUGGAAUUAACAGCAAUAAAUAAAAUACACCACCAA